ACCAGCUAUAAGCCUUUUAAAUAUUUUCUUUUAUUUACGGGACAACCUGUAUAUAUUUUCAGUGGGAGUAGGUGUAGGUGGCAGCACUGUAGCGGGGGAAGGACAGAGGCUCAGUGGUAGCGCUGCUGCCGAAUGGCGCGUACCGAAAUGGAUCUAUGUCCUGAAAGCUCAGUCCUUGAUAAGGUUAUCAUAUGUUCGCGUAUAUACGUCUCUUAUCAUAUAUCAUAUAUUUAUCGAAUUAUAUAAUGUACAUAUAUAGUGAGUGUCCUUUGUGCCCUGGUUGUAAAGUGUCAUGAAUGAAUUUUAAUUUACAAGUUUAAUUUUUUUUUUUAAUUGGUAUGAAACUUUUGGAAUUUUAAGUUGAUCAGCAUUAGUGAUGGAAAACUAUACUAAGAUCAUGUCCCGGCUGCGAGGGAUGAAGAGGGAAGGGAGGGACCGCUCGAGGUCGCUGUGCGUGGAGAAGUUGGCGACCGCCCUCAUCCAGCCCGGGGGGUUCUCCCCCUCCUGCAUCGUGGCCAGGGAACUGCACCCCCUCCACAGGCGCCGGGCCUCCUCAGCCAUCACCUCUUCAAAUGAUCUUAUAUCGAGACGUGGUGUUUUCAGUAGAAGGCAUUAUGGCAGCGUUGAGCUUUUACCGCAGGUGGAAGCGAAUGGCCAAGACGCCAUUGGGAGAAGAUUCAGGGUUGAAAGUGGAGAUUCCAUCAGUGGAAAAGAAGAGAUGUUUGGGACCCCGAGUACACCAGUCCUCGAGAACCCAGAGUAUCAAACCAGAUGGUACUUCAAAUACUUUCUCGGAAAGUUGCACCAGAACUAUGUCGGAGUGGAUGCAGAAAAGGUUCCAUUUUUCCUUAGCGUUGUUCUGACAGAAGCUAACACCCAAUGCGGUCCUCACUAUAGGGUCAUCUUAUGGAAGAAAACGGGUGCACAAAAAAUAUCCUUGACCCACACACCAAACAAACCGAUGACAGUGAAGCAGAUAUUGAGCAACUUUCCAAACAUGGAAAAAAUAGAAAAAGGGCCAAAGGAAAUAUUCUCUCCAGAUAUACAAAAGGAUCUGUUACUGCUGGAAGAACAAGAAGGAUCUGUCAACUUCAAGUUUGGAGUGCUCUACACUAGGCCUGGCCAGAUUACCGAUGACGAAAUGUUCAGCAAUGAGACGGGAAGCGUAGAGUUCGAGAGGUUCACCGCCCUCCUUGGUGACAAAAUAAGGCUCAAAGGUUGGGAUAAAUACAGAGGUGGAUUGGACGUUAAAGGUGACAUGACUGGUAAAUACUCUGUCUACACGAUCUACGAAGGACACGAAAUAAUGUUCCACGUGUCAACCCUCUUACCGUACUCCAAGGACAACAAGCAACAGGUUGAGAGGAAGCGACAUAUCGGUAACGAUAUAGUCAAUAUCGUCUUCGUUGAAGGAGGACCAGCACAGAUGGCAAACUUCAAUCCAUCUUCCAUCAAAUCACAAUUCACUCAUGUGUUUGCUGUGGUUAGCUAUUGCUCUGAAGACCAGAGCUACAGGCUCUCAAUAUACUCAGAGGAGUCGGUACCACUUUUUGGCCCAUCUCUACCAUGCCCACCAAUAUUUAGGUCACCGACCGAUUUCAGGGACUUCUUAUUGGUAAAGUUAAUAAAUGGCGAGAAAGCCACCUUUAACACACCAAUAUUUGCCCAGAAACGAGAGAGAACUCUAGACAUGCUGAUUAAAGACUUGUGCGCGGAACACAUGGGCGAUGGAUGCAGGGCUACGAUGCUUAACCGCAGAGCAUUCUCCGAUGUUUUGCCUGACCCACCAAGAGGUUCUCGAAGGAAAGAGGAAGCUCGCCAGGUAGAGUUUGUCAGGAUAGGUCAAGCCCUGAAGCUGGAGACCAUUGUCAAAGGAGAUGCACCCACAUCACUGGCGACAACUGGGCUUUACAAGAGGGCCCCAUGGGAACCACAUUGUUUCUAUCCUGACUUUUCACAUGAGAUCCUUGCUGGCGACUCAUGGGGUGAGAGCCGACUCAUAUUGGCUACAGACUCUGGUGUUUAUCUAGUUGAAGAUGGUCUCUCUCAUCGCCAAAUUUUUGAUAAAACUGUAAUUGUUAAACAGUUAACAGUUGUCGAAGCUCAUGGCAUUCUCUUGAUUCGUGUAGAUAAAGUCAAAACUACAGGUAGAGACAGUAAGAUGCACGUUUUUCGUCUGUCUGACUUUGAAAGGGAUGGUGAAGUAAGGAGCCGGCCGGAUAUGAAAGAACAUAAGUUAGAAAGAACCAGAGGAUGCAAUUUGUAUGCUGUAAGCAGACCUGGAGGUUCACAUCUUAGGGUGGUUGUAAGCCUGAGUAAGAAAUUAUUAAUCAUGCAAUGGAGACACUCAGCUGCCUGGACAGCUUGGUGUCCUGCCAGUGAUACUGAUACUGUUGAUGGUUUUCAAUAUUUAAGGGAGAUUUCUAUACCUGAGUCUCCUUCUUUGAUCACUCUGGUAGAUUCGACCGUAGCAGCCUCCGCUGGCGGAGUUGCUGAUAAUACAAUAUGUAUAGGGUACAGGCAUCAAUUUGAUCUUGUCAAUGAGAGAAGUGGUGAUGUCACCAAGUUAUAUUCACUCCAAGAUGGUAGUAAAGGGCAUUUGGUUGCAGCAGUUGAUCUCUAUGAGGAUGAAGAACCAGAACUUCUAUUAUGUUACAAUAAUACGUGUCAUUUUCAAAAGCUUUCAGACAAUGUGUCAAGUACUGAAUUUGAUUUUCAUUGGAACUCUAUACCAACUGACAUAGUUUGUGCAUUUCCUUAUGUGUUGGCAUUUACAUCUGAUGCAAUGGAAAUUCGUCUUAUUAUAAAUGGUAAUUUGGUCCAAACGAUGGCCAUGCCAAAACUGAAACUAAUCACAUCAAAGAAUGAUAUAUUUUUUGCUACAACUGCUCCUGAGUUCUUCCAAAGCAAAUCUGAAAGACUUCAAGUCGAUAAAACAGAAAAAGAUAAUAGCCUUUCACCUCCUUCUUCACCACAUUCUGUGUCCCCUGAGGCAAGGCCAUUUAGACUUUAUCGUAUUCCAUUACAUGCCUUGAGCGGCCUGGUAGCACCCUGCGAGAGGCGCUGUCCCACUCCGACUCCUGAACCACCGGAGGCACCUUCUGGAGCUCGACUUCUUGCAGAGCCACCUAGAGGCAUCUCGAGAUCCUGUUCGUCAUCUCCCACACCACAGUCAUUCCUCCCUCCUCCAAAAUAAUCCUGAAUAAUUUUCAUUUAAUUAUUUCCUAUAAUUUGGUCAUAAAAUGGUUUUAUUUUAUUCCUGUUCCAAUGCUCUAAUCAUUUCAAGUAGUUUAAUUUAAAUAAAAAAAUAUAUAUUUAUGUAUGUAAAUUUAUAAAUUUAUGUAAUUAUGUAUGAUGUCUAUUAUAUUAGAUUCACUUAAACCAAACAAAACUUUUCCGAGACAAAAAUAUGCUUACAUUUCUUACUAUAAAUUAGAUAAAAAAAUGAAAAUAAAAAAAAAUUAUGUAUUAUUUACUUUGUGGUUGGAAUUAUUAUUUACUUUAAAGUUGGAAAGUCACCAUUUCAAAAUAUUAAUUGAAAUCAUUCCAAAAUGUUUAUAAUUAUUUAUUUAUUACCCAAACAAUUUCCCUUUGUUAGAAUCCGUAUAAAAUAAUUCAAAUGAAUGAACAUAGCAUUUACAACUGAAAUUACAGGUCCGUCCAAUUAAAAAAUAUUUUGUUGGAUUAGAAGAGUUUGAUUUAAUAUGAAACUAAAACUAUCUACACUGGUUACAAAAGAUUAAUAACAUUUCAAAGAUUUUUCAUUAAAAAAUAAUUCCUACACAAUCUUAUUAUUUCUGAAAACAUAUUCUUAUAAUUCUAUACAUAAUUAGUUUUUUAGUUAAAUGGCAGGCAGUUGUAGUUCAAAGUAAAUUUUCAAAUGUGGCCUUACCAAUCUUUUGAGAAUGAAAUCGAAUAUUUUUGUAAUUGUUAUAAUUCUUUGGUUGAAGUGAAUCUAAAAGCUGUUGGUAUUGAAGUUGGUUGGCUGAACAGUUUCAAACCAGUAUGCCAUUUAAUUUUUUGGUAAUCCAUGGCAUAUUAGAUAAAAAAUGUUUAAUGUUACUGUUCUUUCUUAUUAAGCUGACUCUUAUUUCUGCACAAUUAUUUUAAUGUGAUCUUCUAAUAGGUUUAUAUUACCGAGACAUAUUGUUCAAAUUUAAAUUCUUAUAAAUUUAUAUGAGCAUUAUUUAUAUAUAAUUAUUAAUCUUUCUGUGGAUAUAUCUACAAAGUCUUUCUUAAAAGGUAGAAGCUCUUGUAUAUAAAUUUGUAGGCAGAUCAUUUAGUCUAGAUUAACCAGUCAGUGUCUAAAAUAUAUAUUAUAUAUUUUAAGCACUUGAUAUAAUAUUGGUAUACAAAUGAGAUAUUAAAAGUAGUAAGUACAAUAUGUGUAUUUACUAUCCAUUUCUGAGCAACACUUCUUCAGAGAAAGAUGUAAAUAUGGAACAAAACAAAACCAAACUGAAUAGAAGAAAAAUGCGAUCUAUUUUUAUUGCUUAUAAUUACAAUUACUUGUGUAAAUAUACGAACAAAUGAAAAUUGUCUGUAUACAUAUCUUUUUGUAAUCUAAAUAAGUUUUGAAAUGUUGUUUAUGUAUUUCUUGGUGUUUGUAAUGGGAUAAAUUAACAUGUUAUGUACAUUGAUGAAUGUUUUUGAGUAAGUUUUCAUGAAGCAAAUUCAAUCUGAAACAAUUAUACACAGGUAAGAAUAAACUAUAUAGUCAUUCAAAAUGAACAAUUACAAUUGUACCUUGCCAGGUUGUUGAAUUGUGCCAAAAUUAUGAUGAAUGACAAUGUCUUUACCUGUACAUUUAUAUUUGAAAAUAGUAAUAUAUUUAUCAAUUUGAAUAUGGUAGAUGCAUACAUUCUCAAUAUGGUGAAUGCGUAUCUAGAGAAUAGAAAGUUAGUCUAAUAAAUAUAUUUUAUGGGUCCAAUAAAGGUACCACUGUACAAAGUCGUCAUGGCAGUUUCUAAAUAUUCUAAACUUCCUGUUUUUCUAUUAAAUGCUUAAUUCUUUUUUUUUAAGCUUUUAAGAAUUCACCUUCAUUUUUCAUACUUAAAUUACCAAAACAUAAAUGAAAAGCAAAUGCUACAAUUUUAUUUUGCUAUGAAUCGUUUAAUGAAUCUGCAUUAAAUUGAAAUGAGGUACUCGUAACUGAAGGCAUUACAGAAAGGAUUUUUGCUAAAAUGGCUUCUUUUUUUUCUAUAUAUAUUUUUUAUUCAUUUUUGUUCAUUAUUAAUUUUUAAAGUUUGCUUCAAAUUUGAAAUAUAAAAUAGAUUAUUAUUCAAAUAAUAUUUUAUCCUUUGAAGAAAACAUUUAAAGUGAAUGCAAAUUUAAUUUUUUUUUUUUUUUUUUUGCUGUUAGAAAUCAGUUUUUAUUAUUUAUAGUGGAUUUUUGGAAACUAGAUCUUUAAUAAAUUAAUGUUAUUGAGAAUGAAUAGCCAAUAGCAUUAAGUGUAUAUUGAGUGGUCAAACCCCUUCUAAAAAAAGUAUUACACAUGGAUCUAAAGAAGAUUUAGCAGAACUAAAGAUAUCAUUUCUUAGAUAGUGUUUAUGAAUUAUAAAUAAACAAAAAUAAAGAGUCCCUUUGUGAUUAUAUUUUAUGGUACAUGAUAAUUCCACUCAAAAUUUAAGAAAAUGACUAAAAUCAAAUAAAAAAGUAACACAUUGUGUGUUCAGAGAUAGGCAAAAUCAAAAUCAAUGAUUACAUGAUUACAACUCAAAAUAAAAGUUAAUGACCAUGCCAAAUUUAUACUUGAUAUAAUACAGCAAAAAUAUUACAUGAUUACAAUCAUAAUCGAAACCAGAUCACAGUAAUCAUGCAAUCAAUAUCACUGUAAUUGUAAUUACGAUUACUGUAAUUGUCAUAAUUGUUGAUUAUGAUUAUGCCCAUUUUUUGCUGUGUUCAAUACUACAAACCCCAUAAAUAGCAAUUUUUAGUAAUACAAUAUAUAUAACUAAAAUAUGCUUAGUUAAACAGUAUAUUUUUCAUUACUUCUGUCAAGGAUCAACAAAGUCUCUAUUACCUUAAUUAGUUGUAUGUAUUACUACAAAUUUGUACUAAUGUGUCUUUAUUAGUUCAUCAUGUUUUUCUGAAUGAUUGUUGACCACACAAUAUAUUUACUUGAUUGGAGUCUUUCAAGACAUGUAUUAUUGGACGAAUGUAUUAUAUCGAACUGAUGAUAAAAUGUAGGAGAUAUAUUGUUAUAGGGGAUAUAUAUUGAUAAUAAUUUUAACCUAUUUUACUGAAGAAAAAGAUGAAUAAUUUUUUUAAACUCUUAUCUUAUUUAUAUAAAAUUAAUAUUUUAUAUGUAAAUUGUAAGUAUAUCGUUUAAAUAUUAAUGUGUGUUUACUGCCUAUAAAAACUAUUGAAUGAUGGACAGAUUCCAAGAACAAUUGAAUAUAAAACCAUUAAAAUAUGAAUUGAAUUUAUAAUAUUUUCGAAAAGGCCUAUUUACUAUUUUCUAACCUCCCUAGUCACUUAAGGAUAGUAUCAUUCAUUGUUACAUUUAAUUCUUAUUAAUUUAUUUGUAAUUUAAAAGUUGUCUUGAGAACAUCUUAUGAACUUUGCUGGGUCAAAGCUUUAAUGUUACCAAUGUAUUACUCUUCUUUCUCAACCUUGUAUAUUUACCUUGUUUUCUAUUCAUAUUUUUUUAAAUACAAAAAUAUAUGAAUGUUAUUAUGUAUAAAUAAUUUUAAAGAAGUUACAUAGUUAUAAACAUAUUUAACUCCUGUUGAGUAAAAGAAUAAUUAAUUUAAUGUGUUAAUAAAAAAAGAUAGGCAAUAAGAUUUUAUUAUUAUGCUUCGGUUGAUUAACAAUAAAAAUAUGCAAGCAUUUAACUUUUAAAAAAUAUAUAAAUACAUAAUAUGUAUGUCUACUGCUGUGAAGAAAACAGGUAAUGCUCUUAUACAUAUUUAUGUGUGGUUGUGUGAGUGUGUGGAUUUCACCUAUCAAUUAUGGUUUGACAGAACUUUUUUUGAAAAGCCUAUAUUUGUAAAUAAUUAAAAUGAAAGGAAAAAAUGUUGCUUUUGUUGUGAUAAAAAGUUUCCGAAAUCUAUUUUUAGGCCCUGUAAUGGUCUCUAUCUCAUUAUUAUUUACUUUCUGUUCAACCAAAUUUCACAAGGCUUUUUCUAUUCAAACACUUGAAAUCUAUUGACUUUUGUAUAAAUUGUGUGUAACUUCAUUGAUCUCAAAAUCUCUAGAACUAAAAUAAGAAGCAACUUAUUAAUGUAUUAAUUAUCAAAUAAAUUUAUGAUGGCAACUGCAGA